CGCCCAGAUAAUGUUAUUUAUAUCCCGGGACAGGGCGGUUGCGCUCCCCCCGCCCCGCUCCGGUCCCGGCUCCGGUCCCGGGCCCGUUGCCGUUACCGUUAUUCCACCCGCAGCCCCGUGCAGGGGCUCCUUCCCGCUAGCCAAGGGCCACCCGGCCGGGGGACACCGUGGGGACCAUGACCUCGGCCAACGACUACGAGCAGCUGGAGCUGCAGCAGCCCUACAGCCGCAUCAACGUGCGCUGGGACGCCUCCGACGAUGAGCUGGACAACGACAACAGCUCCGCGCGGCUCUUCGAGCGCUCCCGCAUCAAAGCCCUGGCAGAUGAGCGGGAGGCGGUGCAGAAGAAAACCUUCACCAAGUGGGUGAACUCGCACCUGGCUCGUGUCACCUGCCGCAUCUCGGACCUCUACAUGGACCUUCGGGAUGGGAGGGUGCUCAUCAAGCUGCUGGAGGUGUUGUCAGGAGAACUUCUGCCCAAGCCCACCAAGGGCCGGAUGCGGAUCCACUGCCUGGAGAACGUGGACAAGGCGCUGCAGUUCCUGAAGGAGCAGAGGGUGCACCUGGAGAACAUGGGCUCGCACGACAUCGUGGAUGGCAACCACCGCCUCGUCCUCGGCCUCAUCUGGACCAUCAUCCUCCGCUUCCAGAUCCAGGACAUCAUCGUGCAGACGCAGGAGGGCCAGGAGACGCGCUCCGCCCGCGACGCGCUGCUGCUCUGGUGCCAGAUGAAGACAGCAGGGUACCCCCACGUGAACGUCACCAACUUCACCUCAAGUUGGAAGGACGGGCUGGCCUUCAAUGCCCUCAUCCACAGGCACAGGCCUGAGCUGGUUGACUUCCACAACCUGACCAAAUCCAACGCCCGGCACAACCUGGAGCACGCGUUCAGCGUGGCAGAGCGGCACUUGGGCAUCACCCCACUCCUUGACCCCGAAGAUGUGUUCACGGAGAACCCUGAUGAGAAGUCCAUCAUCACCUACGUGGUGGCCUUCUACCACUACUUCUCCAAGAUGAAGGCGCUGGAGGUGGAAGGCAGGCGCCUGGGCAAGGUCAUCGAGCACGCCAAGGAGACAGAGAGGAUGAUUGAGGGCUAUGGGGGGUUGGCCUCUGAGCUGCUGACCUGGAUCGAGCAGACCAUCGCCUCCCUCAACAGCCGCAGCUUCGCCAACUCGCUGGCCGGGGUGCAGCACCAGCUCCAAGCCUUCAGCACCUACCGCACGGUGGAGAAGCCCCCCAAGUUUCAGGAGAAGGGCAACCUGGAGGUGCUGCUCUUCACCAUCCAGUCCCGGAUGAGGGCCAACAACCAGCGCGUCUACACCCCGCACGAGGGCCGGCUGGUCUCCGACAUCAACCGGGCCUGGGAGCAGCUGGAGAAAGCGGAGCACGAGCGGGAGCUGGCGCUGCGCAACGAGCUGAUCCGGCAGGAGAAGCUGGAGCAGCUGGCGCGGCGCUUUGACCGCAAGGCGGCCAUGAGGGAAGCCUGGCUGAGCGAGAACCAGCGGCUGGUGGCCCAGGACAACUUCGGGCAGGACCUGUCGGCGGUGGAGGCGGCCAAGAAGAAGCACGAGGCCAUCGAGACGGACACGGCGGCCUACAAGGAGCGGGUGCAGGCCAUCGUGGCCGUGGCCAGGGAGCUGGAGCUGGAGGGCUACCACGACGUCCAGCGCAUCAACGGGCGCAAGGACAACAUCCUGCGGCUCUGGGAGCAGCUCCUGGAGCUGCUGGCCGCUCGCCGCCAGCGCCUGGAGAUGAACCUGGCCCUGCAGCACCUCUUCCAGGAGAUGCUGCACAGCAUCGAUUGGAUGGACGAGGUCAAGGUGCAAUUGGCAUCACCUGAAUCCGGGAAGCACCUUCUGGAAGCGGAGGAGCUGCUGCAGACCCACCGGCUGCUGGAGCGUGACAUGGCCCUCCACGCCGAGAGGACACGAGCCAUCAGCGCCGCUGCCCUGCGCUUCGCCGACACCGAGGGCUACCGUCCUUGUGACCCCAAAGUCAUCCGAGACCGUGUGAGCCACCUCGAGCUGUGCCGCCGGGAGCUGCAGGCGCUGGCAGCCCGGAGGAGAGCUUUGCUGGAGCAAUCCCGAUCCCUCUGGACCUGCCUGUGGGAGCUGGACGAAGCUGAGAGCUGGAUCAAGGAGCAGGAGCAGCUCUACUCCUCCUUGGACUUUGGGAAGGACCUACCAAGCGUCUUGCUGCUCCAGCGCCGCCACGCUGCCUUUGAAGCCGAGCUGCAGAGCCGGGGUGCCCGCUUGGAGCAGGCGCUGGCCACGGGCGAGGGGCUGGCGGCGGUGGGGCUGGCAACCGGGCAGCUGCGGGAGCGGGGGGCGGCGGUGAGGGCGUUGUGGGGACAACUGGAGGAACGGGCUGCGUCCCGCCGACAUGGCUUGAAGAAAGCCGAGAGCUUCUUCCAGUUCCAGGUGGAAGCAGAGGAGCUGGCAGAGGGGCUGCAGGAUGCCCGCCGGAGAGCGGGCAGUGAGGAGCUGGGGCAGGAUGAAUCCCAUACCCGUGUCCUGCUGAGGCAGCACCGGGAGCUGCUGGAGGAGCUGGGGGCAGCUCAGGAGCAGCUGGAGAAGCUGGCCCAACAAGCUGAGGGCUUCCCACCGGAGCUGCGUGCCGGCCCCGAGGCGCAGAACCGGCUGCUGGCCCUCCGGCAGCUGUACGCCGAGGUGGCCGCCAUGGCCGAGCGGCGUGGCCGGCAGCUGCAGGACGCCCUUGACCUCUACACUGUGUUUGGGGAGAGCGACGCUUGUCACCUCUGGAUGGGCUCCAAGGAGACCUGGCUGCGACAGCUGGAGGUCCCCCAGGCGCUGGAGGAUCUGGAUGUAGCACAGCACAGGUUGGAUGGGUUGGAGCAGGAGAUGGCCACCAUGGCUUCCCAGGUUGCCACCAUCAACCAGGCAGCCGACGGGCUGGUGGCAAGCAGACAUCCCCGCAGCCCCCAGGUCCAGCAGUGCCGGGAGGAGCUCAACAAGAGGUGGGACCAGUUCAAGGAGCUGGUUUCACAGCGUCGCCGGGCGGUGGGCUCGGCCUUGAGGCUCCUCAACUACCGUCUGGAGAGCGAGGAGACCCGGCAGUGGCUGAAGAGCAAAGUCCAAGUGGUGGAGGCCACCGCCGAGCUGGGCCGGGACCUGGCCGGCAUCUUGGCCACCCAACGCAAGCUCUAUGGCAUCGAGCGGGAGCUGGAGGCCACCAAAGACCGUCUGGCCACCCUGCGCUCCCAAGCUGAGCAGGUGGCUGAGGAACGGCCAGAGGUGGCCAGAGAAGCGACCGAGCGGCUGGAGGCGGCGGUGGCCGCCUGGGAGGAGCUCCAGGGGGCCCUGGGGGAACGAGCGGCUUCCCUGGGGGAAGUUGGGCAGCUCCGGAGCUUCCUGCAGGACCUGGACAACUUCCAAGCUUGGCUCUUCGGAGCUCAGAAAGCCGUGGCGGCCACCGACGAGGUGCCGGCUUCUUUGGCCGAGGCGGAGGAGAUGCUGCAGCGGCACGAGGCUGCCCGGCGGGACGUGGAGGAGCACGCUGAUGCCUUCACUGCCUUGGUGGCAGCUGGGGAGAGGGUCCUGGGAGAGCAGGAGGACCCUGAGUAUGAGGUGCUGCGGCAGCGCCUGGGCGGCGUGGAAGCCGGGUGGGCUGCCCUGGCCAAGAUGGCAGAUGUCCGUCACCGCUUCCUGGUUCAGUGCCGGGACUUCCAGGCGUUCCUCCGGGAUGCCAAGCAGGUGGAGAUCCUCCUCACCAACCAGGAGUACACCUUGGCCCACCUGGAGCUGCCCACCACGCCAGAGGGCUCGGCUGCCGCCCUGCGCCGCUUCCAGGACUUCCGUGCCGGCAUGGAGAGCGGCACUGAGAAGGUCCCCGAGGUGGUGGCUGGCGGCACCAAGCUGGUGGCUGAGGGGAACAUCUUUGCCGAGAAGAUCACGGAGAAGUGCCAGGCUCUCCAGCAGCGGCACGGAGCUGUCGUGGCCAAGGCAGAGGAAGCAGCAGGUUUGCUGCAGGACAACCACGAGCUGCAGACCUUCCUGCAGAGCUGCCGGGAGCUCGACGCCUGGGUGGAGGACAAGAUGCUGACCCUGCAGGACGUCUCCUACGGCGGUGCCCGUGGCCUCCACGGCAAGUGGCAGAAGCACCAAGCCUUCAUGGCCGAGCUGGCACCCACCCAGGGCUGGCUGGAGAAGAUCGAGACGGAGGGGCAGGAGCUGGCGAGCCGGAAGCCGCAGCACGGCCAGGCGGUGAGGCAGCGGCUGUCGGAGCUCCGCGGGCGCUGGGAUGGGAUGCGCCGGGCGGCCGAGGAGAAGGGACAGAAGCUGUUCGAGGCCAGCCGAGCCGAGCUCUACGCCCGGAGCUGUGGAGAGCUGGAGAGCUUGCUGGGACGGGCGGAGGAGGAGCUGCGUGCCACCGAGCAAGCCAAGGACCUCAGCGCCACCAACCUGCUGCUGAAGAGGUUGACGAGACUGGAAGAGCAAGUGAGAACGUGGAUGAAGGAGUUGGAGGAGCUGGAGAGUCAGGCACCCCCAGCUGCUGGGGAUGUGCCAGACGCUGAAGGACAGGAGCAGAGGCUCCGGCAGCGAUUCCUUGAGCUGCUGGAGCCACUGGAGAGGAGGAGGAAGGAGCUGGAGAACGCCAAAGCUGUGUACCAGCUUGAGAGGGAUCUGGAGGAUGAGGUGCUCUGGGUACAGGAAAGGCUGCCCCUGGCAAGGUCAACGGAGCAUGGCACCGACCUCCCAAGUGUGCAACGCUUGACCAAGAGGAACGAGACGCUGCAGAAGGAGCUGGCAGGUCAUGCCCCACGCCUGACUGAGGUGCUGAGCCGGGGAGAGGAGGUGGUUGGUGGUGACCAGGCAAGGCCAGAGCUGGUGAAGAAGGUGCAGGAGCUGCAGGAGCUGUGGGAGGCCCUGCGGGCAGAGGCGGCUGCCCGGCAGCGGCGGCUGAGGGAGGCUGGCGAGGCUCAGCAGUACUACCAGGAUGCCAGCGAGGCCGAGGCCUGGGUCAGCGAGCAGGAGCUCUUCAUGGGAGCUGAGGAGAAGCCAAAGGACGAGGAGAGCGGCUCGGUGAUGCUGAAGAGACACAUCCGGCAGCAGAGGUCCAUCGAGGACUACGGCCAGACCAUCAAGGAGCUGGCAGGGAGGGCUCAGCAGCUGCUCUCUGCCGGCCACCCUGAGGGGGAGCAGAUCAUCCGGCUGCAGGGCCAGGUGGACAAGCACUACGCGGGGCUGAAGGAGGCGGCCGAGGAGCGCCGCCGGCGCCUGGAGCACAUGUCCCGCCUCUUCCAGCUGAAGCGGGAGGUGGAAGACCUGGAGCAGUGGAUUGCCGAGCGCGAUGUGGUCGCCUCCUCCCAGGAGAUGGGGCAGGAUCUGGAUCACGUCACGCUGUUGAGGGAGAAGUUCCGGGAGUUCGCCCGGGAGACAGGCAGCGUGGGGCAGGAGCGCGUGGACCGCGUCAACCUCACCAUCGAGGACCUGAUCGAUGCAGGGCAUUCGGAGGCAGCCACCAUGGCUGAGUGGAAGGAUGGCCUGAACGAGAGCUGGGCUGACCUCCUGGAGCUCAUAGACACCCGCAUGCAGCUCCUCGCUGCCUCCCAUGACCUCCACAAGUACUUCUACGAUGGCACCGAGCUCCUGGCCCUCAUCGCUGCCCGGCGCCAGGAGCUGCCCCAGGACCUGGGCGAGGACGUUGGCACGGUGGAGGCUUUCCACCGCAUGCACAGCGCCUUUGAGAGGGACCUGCAGCUGCUGGAGACACAGGUCCAGCAGUUUCGGGACACGGCCUCACGGCUGCAGACUGCCUACGCCGGGGAGAAGGCAGCUGGCAUCCAGGAGCAGGAGCAGGAGGUGGCCCGAGCCCUGCGAGAGCUGCUGGAGGCGUGCAGCGGGCGGCGGGCACGGCUGGUGGACACGGCUGACAGGCAUCGCUUCUUCAGCAUGGCGCGGGACCUGCUCUCCUGGAUGGAGAGCACCGUGCGGCAGAUCGAGACGCAGGAGAAACCCAGGGAUGUCUCCUCAGUGGAGCUGCUCAUGAAGUACCACCAAGGCAUCAGAGCGGAGGUGGAUGCCCGGGGCAAGAACUUCACCACCUGCAUCGAGCUGGGCAAGAAGCUGCUGCAGCGCAAGCACCAGGACUCGCCUGAGAUCAAGGAGAAGCUGGUGGAGGUGGUGGAGAAGAGGAAAGCCAUGAUGGAAACGUGGGAGCAGCGAUGGGAGAGGCUGCGGCUCCUACUGGAGGUGUGCCAGUUCUCCCGGGACGCUUCGGUGGCCGAGUCGUGGCUGAUGGCUCAGGAGCCCUACCUGGCCAGCAGCGACUACGGGCAGACGGUGGACGCGGUGGAGAAGCUCCUCAAGCGGCACGAGGCCUUCGAGAAGUCCUCAGCCACCUGGGAGGAGCGCAUCGCCGCCCUGAGGAAGCUGACCACGUUGGAGCUCCUGGACGGGCGGACGCCGCGCGAGGGGGCGGCACAGGAGGGGGUGACGCGCGCCCAGGGCCCUGACUACCGCCUGGAGCUGGAUGGGGAGCUGGAGGCCAGGUCUGACGAGGAGGAGGAGGAGAAGAGGAAGGACACAAGCACGCAAGAUACCUCUCCGCCCACCACCGAUGGACUAGAGCCGCUGGCACGGACGGUGGGCAACGAGAAGCUGGUGUCACCGAGCCCGAGGCCACCCCGGGACGAGCUGGAGGAACCGGCCACGCUGCCAGCCCGCACCUGCAACGUCCAGCUCGAAGGCUACCUCGGCCGCAAGCACGACCUGGAAGCGGCCACCAAGCGGGCAUCCAACCGGUCGUGGAGCACCAGGUACUGCGUGCUGAGGGGGGGCCAGUUGGCCUUCUUCAAGGAUGCCAAGAGCCGGGCACUGGGCUUGCCGUGCCACGGCGAGGAGCCCCUGGGGCUGCGGGAUGCCCUCUGCGAGGUGGCAGCCGGCUACAAGAAGAAGAAGCAUGUCUUCAAACUCAGGCUCAGCAACGGCAGCGAGUGGCUCUUCCACGGCAAGGAUGAGGAGGAGCUCCACGCUUGGCUGCAGGGACUGAGCGCUGCCAUCAGCGAGUGCCAGGGCAGCUGGGGCAAGGCCCAGAGCUUACCCUUGACCUUGGCACCUCCGGAACACCCCCUGCCCCGGAAGGACAAAGAGAAACGGUUCAGCUUCUUCCCAAAAAAGAAAUAACCCCCAUGAGGGGACCUGACCCACGUGGGCACCGACCCGUCCCGCGUGGGCACCGACCCGUCCCGCGUGGGCACCGACCCGUCCCGCGUGUGCCACGCCACCCCUGUGACCUCCACCUCCAGCUGGGUCUCCAGGGGUAGGAGGAGGAACCUGGCCAC